AUGCUAUCGAAAUUAUUUACCUGUCUGUUGGUCUCCGGCCUUGCGAGCCACCCUGUAAAGGGCUCCCCUACUAAAUCACCUGCCACUCUUCACAGCCGAGGCAACACCGCAGACCUCGUCCUCGGAAGAGCUAAAGAUAUCACCCUUUCGUCUGAUGGUAAGGUGCCUGGCAUCCUGAUCAUUGAUUACGAUCACAAUGUAGAAGGAUUUCCAACCUUCGAAGUCGUGGAGGUCCAAGGCGAUGCUUCCGUGUUCGAGGUAACUUACGGGGAAACCAGAGCCGCCGUUGAUCAAUACCCGAAGCUGAACAUCUCAUCCGCCGGGAGCCUUGUGCUCAGGAACGUCGGGGUCAGGCCGACGACGAACACCACUGCUCUUGACAAGCUACCAGGUCGUUUCGAAUGCUCUGACGAAGACUUGACUAGAAUCUGGAGGACCGGUGCAAGGACUGUCCAGCUCACGGAAAUUCCGAAGAACUCCACUCCCGACUUUUGGAAGAUCACGGAGGAGGGCGCCCUGGUCGACAGCCUAGUACCUCAGAUACUAGCACAAGCUGUGCAGCUGUCAACAUACAAGGUGCAAUUUGAGGUCAAGCCCCUUACUGGGCAGUUUGGUUUCCUAGUUCUUGGCGACACUCUCAAUACCGGCAUUUACAUAUCCUGUGACCUCGUCAAUGGGAUCGUGUCGGCCUACGUUGGCUCAAGCAAAGCAGACAGGUUCCUUGAUACAGCUAAGCUCCCGAGCACCUUCGCGGCAAACGAGUGGCACACGGUAGAUGCCACCGUCGACACGGCUCAGAUAAAUGUCUCACUCGAUGGCCAGGUCAUAUUUGCCUUUACUCAGACAGAAAAAUUUUACGGAUCCUUUGGACUCGGCACAGACUACGGUCACGCUGCAGUGUUCAGAAACUUGAAUGCCACGACACUCACUGGCAGUGAGAUUUACUCAUCAACACUUAAGGACCGAUCUUUCUUUGACGAUUUUCUUCUAGGCACCAACCCACAUGACACCAUUGUUGAUGGGUCUAGGCGAGACCGUAUCGCCUAUGCUGGAGACUUGGACAUCGCCGUGGCCGCGUCCUUCGCAAGCACCUUUGCUCGAUCCUUCGUCGACGGGACCAUCGACCUCCUUGGUUCAUUCCAAACGACUGAGGGCUUCUUUGUUCCGACUGCGAAAAUUCAGCAGCAGCCUCUCUCCGACCUCAUUCCCGUCAACAUCACAGGUCUGAUCGGUUAUUCAUUCAACCUCCUAACUGCGGUUGCCUACAAUUACGAAAUGACGGGCGACACUACUUUCGCCAAGAAGUGGGCACCGAAGUACAUUUCGAUGCUCGACUGGGCACACUCACAGGCUAAAGAUGGCCUUUUCUCAGUGACCGACUCGUCAUUUGGUGGCGACUGGAAUUACUACGAUCCUUCCCAGACCGGGAUCGUUAGUGGCGUCGAUGUGUCAGUGUAUCAGCAGCGCCUGGAGGACCUCUAUGUAUCGAUGAACAAAAACCUAUGGAGUGAAGCUUUGGGCGCCGGAGAGGAUUCUCUCGACAUUGGCCGAAUGCCUGACCCUACCGGCGGGUCCCUAGCUUUCUCCGAGGGCACCAUCCAGGCUGGCUGGGCACGUAAGAUCAGCCCCUUUGCUAGUAGUUACCACCUACGAGCCGCUUUUCAAUCCAACGACACAGAGACAGCGAAGUCUCUUCUCACAAGUUUAUGGGCGCCGAUGGCGAAUCCCAGCCACGACAAUUACACCAACUGCUUCUGGGAGACCCUCGAAGCAGACGGCUCCCCGGGCCUCGGCCUCGGCACUUCUCUAUGUCACGGGUGGGGCGCGGGCCCUACCGCCGAGCUCAUCCGCUACGUUCUUGGCAUCCAGCCCGUGGAAGCAGGAUUCAAGCAGUGGAGGGUCGCGCCGCAGACUCUUGGCCUAGCGUGGGCCAAGGGUCAGCAUCACACUGUUCAGGGUGCUAUCAGCGUCGAGUGGAAGUUUGAAGACAACCUCCUGAAUAUGGAGCUCAUUGAUCGAGGUAAGGACAUCGCCAAUCUCGACAAAGGCUCGGGUACCUCGUAG